CAGCUGUUUUGAACAUGAACUCAUAAGUUUACGAUCCACAUCCAAUAAUAUCUAUACAGUGAAAUGUUUACUGUUUUAACAUUUGUAACAUAUAGAUAGCUACAAGAAAGAAAAAUGAAACUGUUCCCCGUGUUUACCAGGAAACUAUCACAUAUUUGCAAUUUAAAGCCUUACAAAGAUACGAAAUGGCUGAUGCCCAAUGGUAAUCCAACUGGUGUUUAUGUUUAUAAUUGCGUCGCCGAUCAACGCGUGCCCGUUAUAUUGAGCGAUCCCCACGUCGCUACAUGGUACUCCUGUGGUCCUACAGUCUACGACUCCGCACAUAUCGGUCAUGCCAGCUGCUAUGUUAAACUGGACAUCGUUCAAAGAAUACUGAAGACUUUCUUCAAUGUCAAGCUUAUUACGGCUAUGGGGGUGACAGAUGUUGACGACAAAAUUAUUAAAAAAGCCAAUGAGACUGGGACUGACUUUAAAACGGUUGCCAAACAGUAUGAACACGAGUUCUGGGCUGAUUUGGCAAGUCUCAAUGUAGAGAAGCCUUUAAUAAUUACUAGAGUAUCAGAGCAUAUCACUUGUAUUGAAGACUUUAUUAAAAAGAUGAUAAAGUCGGAAAUGGCUUAUGUUGCUGCAGAUGGUUCUGUUUAUUUUGAUACAAGCAAAUUUCCUUCUUAUGGCAAAUUGCAAAAGGCACCAGAUUCUGGUGAACCAAGUAGUGAAGGUAAAAGGAAUAGUAUGGAUUUUGCUUUGUGGAAAGGGCACAAGCCAGGCGAACCUAGUUGGGAUGUGGAAUGGGGAGCAGGUAGACCAGGAUGGCAUAUAGAAUGUUCAGCAAUGGUCAGCAAAGUGUUUGGGUCGCAAUUAGAUUUUCAUGCCGGGGGUAUAGAUCUGCAAUUCCCGCACCACGAAAAUGAGGAAGCUCAGUCCUGUGCAUUUCAUAAUACAGGACAAUGGGCCAACUAUUGGAUUCACAUUGGCCAUCUACAUGUGAAAGGAGAUGCAAAAAUGUCUAAAUCACUGAAAAAUACUAUAUCUAUACCCACAAUCUUGGAAUCGUUCAGCGCUGAUACAUUCCGAAUGGCAUGUCUAAUUUCAAACUACAGAUAUCCAAUGGAAUAUGAUACACAAUUGAUGAAAACAGCCGAAGAUGUCCUUAACAAGUUCAAGUUUUUCCUCAAAGAUGCAUACAUAUAUGUUAAUAAUAAUUCUGCUAACACUGCAGACUAUGAGUACAACCUUUUGGAGAAGUUGCAAAAAGUAGAGGAAGCAAAUAUAGAAGCUUUGAAGACUGAUUUUGACACUGCAACUUGCAUUAACAGUUUGCAGUCGCUGGUCUCGAGUGCAUAUAGAAUAUUAAAGUCAGAUACAGGAGAUUAUUAUCCUAUCCCUAUAUUAUUAACUGUAGAAUAUAUAAAGAGUGUGCUGACAAGGUUUGGUUUGACGCUAGAAGAAUCAGCAGAGAGUGUGAUAUCUAAUUCGUUGAUAGAUACAUUAGUAGAAUUUCGACAUACAGUAAGGUUGAAUGCUCUAACAAGAAAAGACAUUGAGUUAUUAAAUGCCUGUGACUCUGUUAGAGAUAAGUUAAAGUCUCAGAAAGUACAAGUGAAUGAUACUAAUAAGGGCUCUUCAUGGGUUUCUAUUAAGUGAUAUUAUUUUUAGUUUUUUUUUACCAAAUAUGUACUAUGAGCCUGCAUGAUACCUGGAUGACAGUAUAGUCUGAUUCAUUUGUAUUGUAGCAUUAAAAAUUCAAUGUUGUCCAAGGAGAUUAAUGUUAUUGUUACUGUACAAAAUUAUCUCUAUUUAUCACAAAACUCAUUAUAAUUACUUUUAAAGUUGUAAACAAAUAACAAAUAUUAUACUUGUUAUUUAUUUACAAUAAUAAGAUAAUGUUAAAGAUACUAUUGAUCAAUUUAUCAUUCAAUGUAUUGUAUGUACAUGCUAGCCAGGGAGGGGAUUAAGAGGGGGGACUAGUAAUAUGUAGGUAGCUAAAUAAUAAUCCUUAUCUAUGGCAAGUAUAUAAUUUAAUUUUAUAUGAGAUGUUGCUACAUAAACUUUUUAUGACAUGUUAUAUUUGAAAUAAAAACUUAUUUUGUUUAAUUUGCUGUUGGUUAGAUUUCGAAUCCUGUUUUAAACAAAGGCUAUUUAAAAAUCAGUCUUAUAAAAUUUCACAUAACAAAGAACUUUAUUCCAACCAAAUUCUCAACUUAAAACCACAGUUU